AUGUUUAGGCAGAGUCCCAUGGCCAGGGGCAGUCUCCGGCAGGGCUCCUGGAACGCCUUUGCCGGUGGGUUUCCACGAGCCAGACGCAGUGGAAGAUAUCCAGCAGGCCCAGGGAGACAGUUCUCGUCAUCGAGACAUCAGAGAAACCAGGAGUCCCAGGGUAACAGACAAAAACCAGGCGGUAAUGGAAAGGAAUCAUUUCGGUCGAGGCUUGGAGCUGCACUCCGCAAGACCAAAGUCGAAUGGUAUCCUAUUCCUGUGGGACUUGGUAUUGCAUUCCUUGGGCUCGCGCAGUUCUACAAGUCCCAGCAGGCUGAGAAGCAGAGGAUGUUGAUGGAGGCUGAACGGGGGGAGCGGCCCCAGGAAGUCGUCCCCAGACAGCGGGUUCGUCCAACGGGUCCAUGGCAGGUCCAGGUUAUGUCUACAUUGCCGCUGAAGCUUGUGUCUCGCAUAUGGGGCCGAUUCAACGAGCUUGUCCUGCCAUAUCCUCUCCGGGUUCCAGGAUUCAAGCUCUAUUCUUGGAUAUUCGGAGUGAAUCUGGACGAGGUUGAGGAGCCUGACCUUCACGUAUACCCCAAUCUAGCCUCCUUUUUCUACAGGAGACUGAAACCAGGAGUGAGGCCUCUGGAUCCUAACCCGUCUGCCCUCCUUUCGCCCUCUGACGGACGCAUCCUCCAGUUUGGGAUGAUCGAGCGUGGAGAGGUCGAGCAGGUCAAAGGAAUGACUUAUAGCCUCGAGGCACUGCUCGGGAUGGGAACCGCAAGCCCGGAUUCUGAACCUGUGCAUCCCACGACGAGGCCCAUGCAUAAAGUAGACGACGACACAGAUCCCGAAAAUCUUGCUGCGGACCAGGAGUUUGCCAAAAUGAACGGCCUAAGCUACACGUUACCCACGCUUCUCUCCGGAUCUACGAAGCAUAAUGUUGAUAAAGAUGGCUCAAUGGACGCAUCUACGGAAUCGAGCUCUACCUCUGAAGAGAAAGUUAAGGCAGAUCUUGCCAAGGGAGAACCGGCAUGGUAUUCGCCAAGACCAACGUCCAACCGAGCACUGUACUAUGUUGUUAUCUACCUCGCGCCAGGGGACUACCAUAGAUUCCACUCGCCAGCUUCGUGGGUUGUCGAAAGCCGGCGUCAUUUUGCGGGGGAACUUUAUUCAGUCUCUCCCUACCUGCAACGCACCCUGGCCGGCCUAUUCACACUCAACGAACGAGUUGUGCUAUUAGGACGCUGGCGCUGGGGUUUCUUCAGCUUCACGCCCGUCGGUGCAACCAACGUCGGUUCAAUCAAGAUCAACUUCGAUGCCGAACUUCGCACCAACAGCCUGACAACCGACACCGCUGCCGACCGUCAGGCUGCUCUUGCUGCACAACGAGGCGAGCCUUAUUCCGGCUAUACCGAAGCAACAUACGGGCACGCCAGCAAGACGCUCCGUGGCCAUGCUCUACAGCGAGGAGAGGAGAUGGGAGGCUUCCAGCUUGGAAGCUCUAUAGUCCUAGUGUUCGAGGCGCCGAUGGGCAACCGCCAGAGCUUCGAUGUUUCUUGGACGGGCGAGCGGGAAGGAGGAUGGCGGUGGCAUAUCAAAAAGGGACAGCGGAUAAAGUAUGGCGAGGCAUUGGGAGAAGUUGUUGUCUAA